UUCUGCGUAACUAGUAUUUUACAUGCAUCUCUGAUAUUGCCACCCCCUAGCAAACUUGUUUCAGUAGAUUUCAAGCCCCUCUAACACAUUAUUUCAGUAUUAUUAGUCGUACUACGAAUAAUACAUACAUGUGUAUGUAUGUACAUACGUUGCAACCCUUCUUCUGCUUAUUUUUAUUCUAUGUCUAAUUUGCACACAAUAUAUUAACUUCUGGAUUGGAAUGUCAACAAUUCAUUCGACUGUUCUUGUCCCUAUCAGUCAUCCAGCAAACUCAGAAAACAUCCUGCAUGUUAUUUAAUCGUACUACUUUAUUUUGUGACAAGUGAACCCAACAUUGUAUUGUAUUGAUGAUUUGAUUCACAGUUUUCCAUCACAGUGUCCACUUGUUCAGUAUCGCUUUAUCGUACACAAAAUCUAAACACGGAUCCUCCGAAAACGCAAUCAAAUUAAUGACGAUAACCAUACUUUAAAGUUACGCCGUUAACGUCACAAAGCAUUCCAAGAAAUAUUUGACGGACCGUCGUUUCAUAAACCCUGUUUUGACUUUGGACAUUGGUCAUGGAAAAGAGCAACCAAAUUUUUGCAGCUGCUUCUGCAACCGUCGGGGCUUUCGGGUUGGGAACCGUGUUAGCUUGGACCUCUCCUGCAUUGGAAAGCAUGCAAAAAGAAUCCGAGGAAUUUAAAGAAAUUUCAAAGGAGUCUCAAUCAUGGGUUGGAGCAAUUUUGACGCUAGGAGCUCUAUUUUCUGCACCUGUUUGUGGCGUCCUGAUGGACCGAAUCGGUAGAAAAAACACCAUGCUCAUAUUAUCGGUGCCCUUUGUCCUGGGUUGGCUGCUCAUUGGUUACGCUCAAAACUUGGCAAUGAUGCUUUGUGGACGUUUCAUUUCUGGGUUUUGUGGAGGAGGCUUUUCUUUAGUAGCUCCAGUUUUCAUCGGAGAAACCGCAGAGGACUCGAUAAGAGGAGCACUAGGUUCGGGCUUCCAACUAAUGGUGGUUUUAGGAAUUCUCUUUGUAAAUACCGUUGGGUCGUUUGCGGAUUGGCAGUGGCUGUCCUUAAUUUGUGGCUUUGUUCCGCUGGUAUUCCUGAUCAGUAUGAUUUUCGUACAAGAAUCACCUCGAUAUCUAUUGAUGAAGGGGAAGAAUGCUGAUGCAAGCCAAUCUUUGUGUUGGUUUAGAAAAAAGACAUCUUCACAGGAAGUAGAGGACGAGUUGAAAAUUAUUGAAAUCAGUGUAAAUGAAUCCAAAGCCGAAAAGGCCAAGUUUAGCGAUUUGGCCCUGCCACACAAUCUAAGGCCAUCUCUGAUUAUGAUGGCUUUAAUGCUCUUCCAACAACUAUCAGGAAUCAACGCUGUGAUUUUUUACACCACAAAUAUAUUCAAAGCGGCUGGAUCAGACCUUGAUGGGAACGUUUCAUCAAUAAUUGUUGCUGGCAUUCAAGUUGUCGCGACUUUGGCUGCUGUAUUUGUCGUCGACAAAUUAGGCAGAAGAAUACUGCUAACUGCUUCCGCUUUGAUAAUGUGUAUCGCACUCGUAGCAUUGGGAUUGUUCUUCCACCUCCAAGAAAAUGGGAAUGCGAAGACCAUUGGUUGGCUGCCAUUGGUUUCUCUGAUGGUUUUCAUUUCAGCCUUCAGCAUCGGUUUCGGCCCUCUUCCAUGGAUGAUGCUUGGAGAAUUGCUUCCUCCCAAAGUGAAAGGGCUGGUCGCGUCUGUGGCUACAAUGUUCAAUUGGUUCCUUGCCUUUCUUGUUACCAAGUUUUACCAAAACUUGCUUGAUGCCGUAGGUGCGCCUGCUUGUUAUUGGGGAUUUGCUGGCGUGUGUGCGGUUGGGACAGCAUUCAUCAUUCUCAUUAUUCCAGAAACGAAAGGAAAAAGCAUAGAUGAGAUACAAAAACUUUUCGGAGCACCUACUGUCACCGACGAUUCCGAAGAGUCGAGAAAAUAGAUUAUGACAGGCCAAAGAACUUAUGUUUAUUCCACGAAUAGAGUUUUAUUGUAUUUACAUAAAUACUAUAAUACAGGUCAACCUGUGUUAUAUACAAUGCGUAUAUGUAAAUGUUGUGAUAUUAUGUAAUGACCUUAAAGAGUCAAAACUUAAGCAUAGAGCUAUAAUACAAUUUUUAGAAAAUUUUGUGAAAAACAGA